AUGUAAAAUAUAGAUUUAUUAAUGAGAUCUUUUGUUUUGUUUUGGUUGCUGUCUUUGGAAUCUACUGAGUUUAACAUAUUGAGCACAUCUAAAUUCAGAUUAGCCGUAUUUCAAGUGCUCACUAGCCACAUGUGACUAGCAGCUGCUAUAUUGGAUAGCAUAGUCUUACAGGGUAAAAUUCAUUUCUCUCACAUUAUACUUACAUUAAAAAAUUUCAUACUUGGUAUCAUUUUUUUAAAGUAACAGAAGAACCUUCCAAGUUUCAUAAUUGGAUCCCAAUCGAAAUGUAAUUUAAGGAUAACAUUUAGUUCUAUCAUUUUAAUAAUGUUCUAUGCUGACAGUUGAAGGGGAUAGUAUUUCCUCCCGGAAGUUGAUUGAGACCUUGUCUGACUAGGGUGUUCCUUCAUUCUUCACCUUUUGAGGUUAAGCUUUUAUAGAAAAGGCCACAGUAAAUGCAGAUUAAGAUCUGUAUACUAAAUUUGAAUUGGCAUUUGAAAAGUACAUGAACCAACCUGAAUAAAGUCAAAGGUAAAUACAUUUUAUACAGUAAAUUUCAGGUCCCUUCCUUUUUAACAAGUACUCUUUUCUUUAGCAAAGGCAACGUAUUUGUUCUUUGUUUCUACUCUACUAAUCCAUUUUAUAUGAUUAGCUCUUGUAGAUUUCCUUCAGAUUUACUAUGCAAAUGCCAGGCUCUUUGUUAUUGCUGCUACAAUUUUUGUUGUUACACAUACUCACAGGAUCAUCCUUUGAAAGCAAGGCUUUAUGCAGGAGAGAGGUUUAAGAAUUAGACCACACCCUUCUUGAACAUUUUGAGUUUGUGGUUUAUUGUUUUUAAUUUGUUUACUAAGGAUAUGGUAUUUUAAAAUAAUACUGAUGUUGAAGAUGAUAGCAUUUUAAAUAGCUUGCCCCCCUUAUUUUCUGUUAUAUUUGAUAUUUUCCUUUGAGAACCAUCUUUUGGAAUAGAUGAAAGGCUGAGGAGGUUAUUAAUUGGCUCAUUGGUGUUUCAUUCUCAGCAUUUCUCCUUGUGGACUUGAUCUUGAACCUGAUCUUGGGCAAGUUAUCUCCAUUUUUAGAACCCAAUUUCCUCAUCUUUUUUGUUCUUGUUAUUAUUAUUUUUUUCUGGUGUCACAGGUACUUAACCACUGAGCCACAUCCCCAGAUUUUUAAUUUUUUUAUUUUGAGACAUGGUCUUGCUAAGUUGCUUAGGGCAUGUGCACCACCACAUCAAGCUCCAAUUAUCAUUUUUUAAAGAGAAAAUGUGUUCUUUAUCUGUAAGCUUUUGCUUAGAUAUAAAUGUCUCUGAAAGCAGUUAAAUAGUUUUGGUUACUGAGGACAUCCUAGAUGUCAACUAGUUUGAUCUGAUAUUUUAAAGAUGAAAAAAGAGAAGCCAAAUGGGUGAAGGGACUCAGAGGAAACACACAUCUGUGGCAUGGUCAUACAUGUAUCAGUUUUUACUAAAGAACAUAUUGGGAGACAUUAAAAAUAUUUACUUUAGAGCCAAGCACGGUGGCACACGCCUGUAAUCCCAGGCACUCAGGAGGCUGAGGCAAGAUAAUCACAAGUUCAAAGCUAGCCUCAGCAAAAAUGAGACAUUAAGCAACUCAGUGAGACUCUAUCUCUAAAAAUGCAAAAUAGGGCUGAGGAUGUGGCUCAGUGGUUGAGUGUCCCUGAGUUCAAUCCCCAGUACAAAUUAUAAAUAUAUUUACUUUAGGAAUAGAUUUUAAUAGUUUUAGGGAAUCAUUAAGCUUCAUUACUGCUUUUAUAUAACACCUGUGUUACUUGGAAAUGUAAAUAAAAUGAUCUUUUGAAAAUAUCAUAAGACCCCAGUAAAUGCAAAUUUUAGCAGUGACUUGCAUCUGUAGGGCUUAAAUAAAAAACUCACCCAUCAUUUAGCUUCCUUGAAUAAGGUCAGAAUUCUGUUUUCCUCUUGUAAGAUUUGCUGACUCAGAAAAUUAAGGCAUGAUCCUGCUUCACAUUUACUCAUGAAUUUAUGAAAUGUCAAAAAUCACUUGCAAGAGACACAAAACCAGAAAUAGCAUCCAUUGGAACGCUCAAGUAAUCAGAACCUUAUCAAAAUGUGAAGGAAAAUCUGUGUGCUACCUGAUAGGAAAAAAAGUCCCUAAAAACUAAUCAAAAUCAAAUUACUUCAAUGUUUAGCUUUAAAAAAAAAAAAAUGGAAGGCUAAUUGAACUUCCUACCUUCCCUGAGGAUCUCUUUUCAAUCACAUGAGGACACCAACUGAUGAAUCAAGAUUUUAAAUCAAUAGUAAAUGCAGUUAAUUAUGGCCUGGAGAAAUUGUUCCAGUUUUUUUCAUUGUUUCUACUGCAGCCAUUGCAAUAUUCAUAUUCAAAACACACUUAGAUAACCUCAUAAGAAAUUAUAGAAGACCUUCUUGACAGAAGAGAAAGUGACCAGGAUCUAAAAAAAAAAAUGAUGACAACAUAUUCCACCAAAAGAAACAUGUAGACAUUCUAUUGGUUUUUACCUUGUCACCUAGGACCUCUGAUAAAUCUUUAUUUCUUCUAUUCAUGAGGCUACAUAGGAGCCAGCCUUGAAGCCCUGGCUUUGCACUCCCAGGCUGGCUGGCCCUUGCAGGACUGCAGGUUCCCUACUUCAGGAGGAAGGGGCUUCGUCCCGUUGUUUCUCACUCACUUUAGGCUCUGAAUUAUGACUUCCAGUCCUCCUGAAGUGCUUUCUGUGACUGGUGCCUGUGUUUGCCCUAAUGCUUAUGCUUGGUUACAGGCACCACCUGCAGCUCUGCUGUGGAAGAAUUUGUUCCUUUCUUUCUCUCUGCUUACUCCACACACACACUCCCACCCUUUGCCUGACGGGCAACCACCAAUUCUUAGAGACAGUUCAGAGCCUGCAUAGGAAGCCAGCUCUGCCCCCAAUCCCAGUGUCCCUGGAACCCCAGGCACCUUCCUCUGUUGUAGCACUCAUUCUCAGCCACAGGCAAUACUGGGGAUUCCUUGAGCACAGAUUCUCUUUUCCAGCUACAAUGCAAAUAGCAUAUAGCUGGGUGAUGUGCAAUUUUACUGAGGUUUAAUUUUAAAGAAUUGUUCUGCAUUUCAUCAAAUAUAAGGAGGUCUUACCAUCCUUUUUCCAUUAAGAAAGAAAAAUGACUGCCAAAUACUUGACAAGGACAUGGUACUAAACUACAUUCAGUUUCAGGAAUGCUGAAAUGUAAAGAGAUUUGUACCUUAGAUUCAAUGUCAUGUGGCACUGUGACACCGGUAUUUGGGAAGAAGUGAUUUCACUGUGGGUUGGUUCGAAUGUACAACUUUGUACCCACAACACUGUAAGACUGUUCUGUUCUUCUGGAAAGUACAUGUCUUGUGGGGGAAAAAAAAUAGUUCACUUCCCAAAUAAAACUAAAUCCCCAUAUGUACAUCAGAACUGGAGAGCUACAAAGUUGCAUCCAUUUUUAUCCAGAAAAAGAGGAACUUUGAAUAAAUUAGAAAGGAAAAUUACAAAUUUGGCAUUUGUUCAAGUAUGUAAUUCAACAGAUUCUACCACAUGCUCAGUACAGAUGCAGGAAAAGGGGAUUCUGGAUUCAGGGUUAACUAGUAGUUCAACUAAUGGAAAAACUACUCACUGAAUGGAAGAGAAACUUCUAUUACUAAAGUUGAAAAGGCAAUUAAUUUUAGACAAGAAACCUUGCACAAGAAAUACACCAUGCUUAGAAAAUGUGAUUCAAGAAGAAGCCAGUUGUCUAUGCAAAUAUUUUUGUGGAUUGAGAGUACCAAUAUGGUGGGAAUGAUGACUGACCUUACCUUUUCUCUGAGUAAGGGUUGGCUUAAGAAUUUUAAAUUCUUCACACAAUUCCAGUGUAAUCAGAGGUACCAUAAGCUAAUUCCAUUGCCUUGAAGAAGCUCAUAAGUAAGGGUUUGAGGCCACACCAGUGCUCAUUGCAGCUGAAGCCAACCUAUAUGGAAUGAAGGUGCCUUCUUAUAUUUCCAAGGAGUGAGUCUAGUAUCAGGUUUAAAGCAGCCAAACUUCUCUAGUUGGACUUCCUUUCGCAUUCUGUACUUAAGGGUGAUAAGGAAGACCUUUAGCUUAUAUUCAAGCUGUUCGGUUUGUCCAAAAUAGUUUCUAAGUGGCACCUGGAAGUAAAAACAAGUGAUGCAGGUAUUGUUGUCUUUUGUUCAUCAACAUAGGAGACUAAAAUUGAGGACUCAGCACAAAAAAGUAUAUAGAAAGAGGGGAAAUGGGGCAUUGCUGUUUACAUAACCCCAAAACAAAAACUGAAUACAGUAUCCCUCUUCCCUGUUCUCAGUUAUCUCUCAGGGCAAGAUCUCUCAGCUGGAUGGUGUGGCUGAGAACAGCUGUGGCUUUAAAGCCUGACCUUGGAUCAUGAGGUGAACACAUUGCAACCCCAUUGAGAUGCAGCCUGGAAAGUCUCAUGGGAUGAGGUUUGUUUUAUUUCAGGUUUAAUAUAACGUAUCCCCUCAUGCUUUUUCCCUGCCCCUUCUCCCCGCAUCAACAACAGUAGAAAAAGAAGAAGAAGAAAACAUGUCAGGACACAAAUGCAGUUAUUCCUGGGACUUACAGGAUCGAUAUACUCAAGAUAAGUCAGUUGUCAAUAAGAUGCAACAGAAGUACUGGGAAACGAAGCAGGCCUUCAUUAAAGCCACGGGGAAGAAGGAAGAUGAACAUGUUGUCGCCUCUGAUGCAGACCUGGAUGCCAAGCUAGAGUUGUUUCACUCAAUUCAGAGAACCUGUUUGGAUUUAUCUAAAGCAAUUGUACUCUAUCAAAAGAGGAUAUGUUUCUUGUCUCAAGAAGAAAAUGAACUGGGAAAAUUUCUCCGAUCUCAAGGCUUCCAAGAUAAAACCAGAGCAGGAAAAAUGAUGCAAGCCACAGGAAAGGCCCUCUGUUUUUCUUCCCAGCAAAGAUUGGCCUUGAGAAAUCCUUUGUGUCGAUUUCACCAAGAAGUGGAGACUUUUCGGCAUCGGGCGAUCUCAGAUACAUGGCUGACGGUGAACCGCAUGGAACAGUGUCGGACAGAAUACAGGGGGGCAUUAUUAUGGAUGAAGGACGUGUCUCAGGAGCUCGAUCCAGACCUCUACAAGCAAAUGGAGAAGUUCAGGAAGGUACAGACACAAGUACGCCUUGCAAAAAAAAAUUUUGACAAAUUGAAGAUGGAUGUGUGUCAAAAAGUGGAUCUUCUUGGAGCAAGCAGAUGCAAUCUCUUGUCUCACAUGCUAGCAACAUACCAGACCACUCUGCUUCAUUUUUGGGAGAAAACUUCCCAUACUAUGGCAGCCAUCCAUGAGAGCUUCAAAGGUUAUCAGCCCUAUGAAUUCACUACACUGAAGAGCUUACAAGACCCUAUGAAAAAACUAGUUGAGAAAGAAGAAAAGAAGAAGAUGGCCCAGCAGGAAAGCACAGAAGCAGCAGAGCAGGAGCCGAGUCAGUUAAUUUCAUUAGAGGAUGAAAACCAACACAAGGAAUCCUGCAGUUUUAAGAGUGAAGAAGGAAAAAGUAUUUUAUCUGCCUUAGACAAAAGCUCCACACAUAAUGCAUGUUCAGGACCUCUGGAUGAAUUAUUAGACAUGAAACCUGAGGAAGGUGCUUGCCUGGGCCCAAUGGCAGGGACCCCAGAACCCGAAGGUGCUGACAAGGAUGACUUGCUGCUGCUGAACGAGAUCUUCAACGCAUCCUCCCUGGAAGAAGGCGAGUUCAGCCAGGAGUGGGCCGCUGUGUUUGGAGACAAUAGGCUGAAGGACCCAGCACCAUCGGGGUCCCUGGGAGAGCCAGACUCCAAGCCUCAGACAGGCUCUGGAUUCCUUCCUUCACAGCUUUUAGACCAAAAUAUGAAAGACUUACAAGGCUGGUCAGAGAGCAAUGUCAAACCUCCUCCUACUCCAUGGUCAGCACCAAAGACAUGCAGUUCAAAUGACAACAGCCCUGCACUGAAAGAGCCUGCCAAGGCUGCCUCGGACCUGACUGCCUGGUUCAGCCUCUUUGCUGACCUCGACCCCUUAUCAAAUCCUGAUGCUGUUGGGAAAACGGAUAAAGAACAUGAGUUGCUCAAUGCAUGAGUCUGCAGCCUCUGAGAAGGAGUUCUCCUGCGGCUCCGCAGCACCUCACCUGGGGCUAGCAGAAGUAUAAUGCGAUCAGUAUGCUGUUUUCAUAUUUACGUGCCAUUUUAAUAAAACAAAAGGGUCAAGGGCCCUGUUUAUACUGGUAUAA